CGUCAGCUUCGUUACAUCAGCUGCUGCUCCCACUCUGCUCCAGCGCUAAAUCCCAGCGCUGCGUUAGGAAGCGGGACGCAGCCUGCCGGGAUAGAGGAAUACAGAAACAUGAUUCAAACCUGCCUCCUUCCUUGCUGCUGAGCGAGUGAAAAGGCGUGUCGUCCCGGACCGUGCCCGGCUCUUCGUGAUGCCCUGGAAAGAUCCUGACAUCCAGCCACAGGCCACCGCUGGUGUGCUCAUUUGGUAAAUAUAGGACAGACAGGAGAGGCAUCGAGAUGGGAUUCCUGCACCAGCUCCAUCUCCUGCUGUGGAAGAACAUCUCCUUGAAGAGGAGAGGGCCGUGGGUGCUGGCAUUUGAAAUUUUCAUCCCACUAGUCCUCUUCUUCAUCCUCCUGGGUCUGAGACAGAAGAAACCAGCCAUCCCCGUCAAGGAAGUGUCAUUUUACAGUGCAGCACCACUCACCUCAGCAGGGAUCAUUCCCAUCAUGCAGUCGCUGUGCCCAGACGGACAAAGGGAUGAAUUUGGAUUCCUGCAAUACAAAAAUUCUACAGUGACUCAGCUGCUGGAGCGCAUCAGUGAAGUGGUUGAACAGAACCGGCUCUUCACAUCUGACAGACCAGGUUUGGGUCAGGACCUGGAGACCCUGCAGCAGCACCUGGAGAGUCUCAGUACUGCACAAUUACUGUCUGACUACAACUUCAACAGCAGCCAAGGCUUCACACUGGCCAGUGUUUUGAAGGACCAGCAGGUUUUCCAGCAGUUUCUGGUCAGGAAUCUUUCCCUCUCCAACUCAACAGCCAGCACGCUGCUCAACAGUCCAGUGAGCCUCCAAGAGGUGUAUAGUCUUAUCUUGGGUACUUCUCUCAGAGAUGGUGGAGGACCAAGCAGUAGGAUUCAUGGACCAAAAAGUAUCACUCAAAAACCUGCAGACAAAGAUCUGCAGAUUAAGGAGAAGCUGCUGAUAGGGGUUCAGAGUCUGGAUGGAGGUCUGAUACACAAAGCUCUACAUGAUCCAGCUAAAGCCGCCAAGAGAAAGGCUCUGGUCCAAAUGAUGGCCUGGGCAUUAGGCCUCACUGCAGCCUCUGAGAGCCAUUCAGAGCAUCUUCAGGGAAUUCAGGAGGUGGAGGGAGUUUGCCUGAAUGGAUCUAUGCUGGAGUUCCUCACCUGUGGAGAAAGUGGCGGCAAUGAGCUCAGAAAGAUUCUGUUGGUGCCUGUGAAGCAGCAACCUGCACUACAGGCAUAUCACAGUGUAAUGUGCACCAGAGAGGAGGGUCAGAGGUCAGAGCGCUUCAAGCAACUGAGCCAGGAGCUAAGAGAGCAGAUCAACACCCAGAGUGUCACAGACAAGCUUCACCUGGAGCAACCCAACUCCUUGGCCCCCCUCUCUCAGUCUCACCUCAGCGCCCUGUUGAAGGACUUGGCUGAUGUAGAGCGGCUACUGAAGGAUGUGGACCUGCUCUCCGGACUGGCCCGUCUGCUGCCCAAAGGAGCAUGCGCCCGUCAAAAUCCAGUACCCUCCACCAAUGGGACAUGGCCUCUUAACAUCACCGCAUGGAGUGUGAACACCACAGAUGUUCCCAGAGAGGAUGGAGAGGAAGGAGCUGAGGGAGGAGGAAAAGGAAAGGCGGAGGAGGAAAACCCUCACUCUCAGUUUUCAGCUUUUGUUCAGCUGUGGGCUGGUCUGCAGCCCAUUCUGUGUGGGAACAACAGGAUCAUUGAGCCCGAGGCGCUAAAGCAGGGGAAUAUGAGCUCGCUGGGAUUCACCAGCAAAGAACAAAGGAAUCUGGGCCUACUGGUUCACUUGAUGACUACAAAUCCGAAGAUCCUCUACUCCCCAAUUGGCUCCCAGGUGGACAGAGUGAUUCAGAAGGCCAAUGAGACAUUUGCAUUUGUUGGGAAUGUAACCCAUUACACUCGGGUGUGGCUGAACAUCUCAGCCCAGCUCAGGACUUUUCUGGAGGAAGGCCGACUGCAAAGCCAUCUGAUGUGGCUCGAGCAGCUGUCUUCAGAGCUCCAGCAGCAGCCCGAGUUGUUGAACGGCACCAACAGUGAGUUGAUGCAGGCUCUGAUGAUGGGAAACUACACUCUUCCUAACACGUCCACCCUGCUGGAACAGCUGGACACCAUAGACAAUGCUGCCUGUGGCUGGACACAUUUCAUGUCAAAGGUCAGUGUGGAUGUCUUCAAAGGCUUCCCAGAUGAAGACAGCAUUGUCAACUACACCCUGAACCAGGCCUACCAAGAUAAUGUGUCUGUGUUUGCCAGUGUGAUUUUCCAGACUAACAAGGAUGGUUCUUUGCCACCUCAUGUUCAGUACAAAAUAAGACAGAACUCCAGUUUCACCGAGAAGACCAAUGAAAUAAGAAGGGCAUACUGGCGACCUGGGCCCAACACAGGAGGGAAAUUCUACUUCCUGUAUGGUUUUGUGUGGAUUCAAGACAUGAUAGAAAGAGCCAUAAUCAACACCUUUGUGGGCCACGAUGUGGUGGAGCCCGGUAACUAUGUCCAGAUGUUCCCUUACCCAUGUUACACCAGAGACGAUUUUCUGUUUGUGAUCGAGCACAUGAUGCCACUAUGUAUGGUGAUAUCCUGGGUUUAUUCAGUAGCCAUGAUGAUUCAGCACAUUGUAGCAGAGAAAGAACAUCGGCUUAAAGAGGUAAUGAAGAUGAUGGGUCUGAACAAUGCGGUCCACUGGGUGGCUUGGUUCAUCACUGGCUUUGUCCAGCUCUCCAUCUCCGUUACUGCUCUCACAGCCAUCUUGAAGUACGGCAGGGUGCUGCUCCACAGUGACCCGCUGAUCAUAUGGCUUUUUCUAACCAUUUAUGCCGUGGCCACCAUCAUGUUCUGUUUCCUGGUGUCAGUUAUCUACUCCAAAGCUAAACUAGCUUCAGCCUGCGGAGGAAUCAUCUACUUCCUCAGCUAUGUGCCCUACAUGUAUGUAGCAAUAAGGGAGGAGGUGGCCCAUGAUAAGAUUACUGCCUUCGAGAAGUGCAUUGCUUCUCUCAUGUCCACCACAGCCUUUGGCCUUGGCUCCAAGUAUUUUGCACUGUAUGAGGUGGCAGGUGUUGGCAUCCAGUGGCGCACCAUCAGUCAGUCACCAGUAGAGGGCGAUGACUUUAACCUGAGUCUUUCUAUGAUGAUGCUCAUAAUUGAUGCUGGGGUGUAUGCCGUGCUAACCUGGUACAUAGAAGCUGUUCACCCAGGGAUGUAUGGGCUGCCACGCCCAUGGUACUUCCCUCUGCAGAGAUCCUAUUGGUCAGGCAGUGGACGUGUUGAGACCUGGGACUGGCCCUGGUGUGGAGGUGGAGCUGCAAGGCUCAGUGUGAUGGAGGAGGAUCAGGCGUGUGCCAUGGACCAGCGGAGGUCCGAGGAGAUGCGGGGCAUCGAGGAAGAGCCAAGCCACCUGCCCCUAGUGGUCUGCAUAGACAAACUGACCAAGGUGUACAAGACAGGCAGCAAACUGGCUCUCAACAACCUGAGCCUCAACCUCUAUGAAAACCAGGUGGUUUCCUUCCUGGGACACAAUGGAGCUGGAAAAACAACCACCAUGUCCAUCCUGACAGGCUUGUUUCCUCCAACCUCCGGCUCUGCCACCAUAUAUGGCCAUGACAUCCGAACUGAAAUGGAGCGGAUUCGUCAGAACCUGGGCAUGUGUCCACAGCACAAUGUUCUGUUUGACAAGCUGAGUGUGGAGGAGCACCUGUGGUUCUACUCCAGGCUCAAGGGUAUGGCUGAGGAGGACAUUCGCAAGGAGAUGGACAAGAUGAUUGUGGACCUGGAGCUAUCUAACAAGCGGCACAGCUUGGUUCAGACAUUGUCCGGCGGGAUGAAGAGGAAGCUGUCUGUGGCCAUUGCUUUUGUUGGCGGCUCCAGGGCUGUCAUCCUAGAUGAACCCACGGCAGGGGUGGAUCCUUACGCCCGCAGGGCUAUUUGGGACCUCAUUCUGAAGUACAAACAGGGUCGAACAAUCCUGCUCUCCACCCAUCAUAUGGACGAAGCCGACCUGUUGGGAGAUCGCAUUGCCAUCAUCUCACAUGGGAAACUUAAGUGCUGUGGAACGCCACUUUUCCUGAAGAGCAGCUAUGGAGAUGGAUACAAACUGACACUAGUCAAAAAGCAAAGUCAAGGUCGAGGCCAGGGCAGCCAGCCGAAGCACCCCUCCUCCUUGUCUCCCUCCUCUUUGCUGUCGCCCUGCUCAGAGGCUCAGGUCACCCAGUUUAUCCAGCAGUUUGUGGUUUCUUGCCUGCUGGUGUCGGACUCCAACACUGAGCUCUCCUACAUCCUGCCCUCCGAAUCCGUCAAGAAGGGCUGCUUUGAGAGGCUGUUUCAGGCUUUGGAGCAAAGCUUGGCCAGCCUGGCCCUCACCAGCUUUGGCGUGAUGGACACCACACUGGAGGAGGUGUUCCUCAAAGUCUCUGAGGAGGACCAGUCUCUAGAGAACAGCGAUGCUGAUAUAAAGAGUUCACCUGGGGGCAGCUCAUUGGGAAAGUUGUCAGUGAGCUCUGGAACCCAAAUGGGACCACAGCCUGAGACUGGACCCUCGGUGCAGAAUGAGAAGUCUGAGGUUGAACUGAGCAAUCUGGUGCAAUGCUCCAGGCUCAGCCAAAGCCAGGCUUCCCUGAGAUCCUCCUCAUCAGUGGGCUCUGUGCGGGAAGACGAAGGAGGGCUGUAUGCAGACUUCUAUGGAGAUUACUGCCCCCUGUUUGAGAAUGGCCAAGAGCCAGACUCUGCCAGCCUGAGAGGCGAUGCAGAGAAUCCCCCGGAGCCACAGGUCCUGGAGGGGCAGGGAAGCUUCGAGUUGGAAGGCUGGUGGCUGAAACUGAGUCAGUUUCAUGGCCUCAUCAUCAAGAGGUUCCACUGCGCCAAGAGAAACACCAAGGGCCUUUUCUCUCAGAUCCUCCUGCCUGCUUUCUUCGUCUGUGUUGCUAUGACUGUGGCCUUGUCUGUGCCAGAGAUUGGAGACCUGCCACCCCUGAUCUUGUCUCCUUCUCAGUAUCAUAACUACACCCAACCCAGAGGCAACUUCAUCCCCUACGCCAACGAGGAUAGACCCCAGUACAGGAGUAAGCUGUCUCCAGAUGCCCGUCCACAGAAGAUCGUCAACACCCUCCGUCUUCCUUCAGGUGUGGGGGCAACAUGUGUCCUCAAGACUCCCUUCAACAGCACCCUGGACCAGCUGGCCCAGACCCUCAACCCCAGUGCCAACAACUCUAAGACCCUGGCUGCCCAGUACUUCGACUCUAUGUGUCUUGACUCUUUCACCCAGGGGGUCCCGCUCUCCAACUUUGUCCCCCCACCCCCUUCCCCAGCUCCCUCAGAUGACCCUGACCCUCGUUUUGUUGAUGGGUUGUGGAACUUUACAGUUGCCCCUCCGACCACAGUUCAUGAGCCUGUUACAUCAUCUCCCACACUCCCUCUGUCCAUCCAUGAGCCGGUGAGAUGCACCUGCUCCAUGCAGGGCACAGGCUUCUCCUGCCCCAGUGGGGUUGGAGGUCGCCCCCCUCUCAUGAAGGUGGUAACAGGGGACAUCCUGGUGGACAUCACAGGCCGAAACAUCUCUGAGUAUCUGCUCUUUACUUCAGACAGACUGCGGCUGCACAGGUAUGGUGGUUUAACUGUGGGGAAUGUUCAGAAAUCCAUCCCUGCAUCCUUUGGAAGAAGCAUCCCUCCAAUGGUUCGCAAGAUAGCAGUACGCAGAUCAGCUCAGGUCCUGUACAACAACAAAGGAUAUCACAGCAUGCCGACCUAUCUAAACGUACUGAAUAACGCCAUCCUGCGUGCCAACUUGCCUGCAUCCAAAGGCAAUCCUGCUGCUUAUGGUAUCACACUGACCAACCAUCCAAUGAACCGAACCAGUGCCAGCCUGUCUUUAGACUACUUGCUCCAGGGAACAGAUGUGGUGAUCGCCAUCUUCAUUAUUGUUGCCAUGUCCUUUGUACCUGCCAGCUUUGUGGUUUUCCUGGUUGCAGAGAAAUCCACUAAAGCCAAACACCUGCAGUUUGUCAGUGGCUGUGACCCCAUCAUCUACUGGCUGGCCAACUAUAUUUGGGACAUGCUGAACUACCUGGUACCUGCAACGUGCUGCGUUAUUAUUCUGUUUGUAUUCGACCUGCCAGCCUACACCUCCCCAACCAACUUCCCAGCUGUCCUCUCCCUCUUUCUCCUCUAUGGGUGGUCCAUCACUCCCAUUAUGUACCCAGCAUCCUUCUGGUUUGAAGUUCCCAGUACUGCCUAUGUGUUCCUCAUCGUCAUCAACCUCUUCAUAGGCAUCACUGCGACUGUAGCCACUUUUCUGCUGCAGCUGUUUGAGCAUGACAAGGAUCUGAAGAGAGUCAACAGCUACCUAAAGUCUUGUUUCCUCAUUUUCCCCAACUACAACCUUGGUCACGGUCUGAUGGAAAUGGCCUACAACGAGUACAUCAACGAAUACUACGCCAAAAUCGGUCAGUUUGACAAGAUGAAGUCUCCAUUUGAGUGGGAUAUUGUGACUCGCGGACUCGUUGCUAUGACGAUUGAGGGCUUUGUUGGCUUCCUCAUCACCAUCCUGUGCCAGUACAACUUUCUCAGGAAACCCCCGAGGGUGCCGGUCAGCUGCCAGCCUAUCGAUGAUGAUGACGUAGAUGUGGCCUGUGAGAGACAAAGAGUGCUGCGAGGCGACGCUGACAGUGAUAUGCUGCAGAUCGAGAACCUGACUAAGAUGUAUAAAUCCAGGAAGAUGGGUCGCAUCCUGGCAGUGGACCGCCUGUGUCUUGGUGUCCGGCCUGGAGAGUGCUUUGGAUUGCUUGGGGUAAAUGGAGCAGGGAAGACCACCACUUUUAAGAUGCUCACGGGAGAUGAGUGCACCACGGGAGGAGAGGCUUUCAUCAGUGGAAACAGUAUCCUGAAGGACCUGUUACGUGUUCAGCAGAGUAUCGGCUACUGUCCACAGUUUGACGCUCUGUUUGAUGACCUAACUGCCAGGGAGCAUCUGCAGCUUUACACUCGCCUCCGUGGCAUUCCCUGGAAGGACCAGGAGAGGGUUGUGCAGUGGGCAUUAGAGAAGCUGGAGCUCUCCAAGUAUGCAGACAAACCAGCUGGUACUUACAGCGGAGGAAACAAACGCAAGCUUUCCACAGCUAUAGCUCUGAUUGGCUACCCAUCCCUCAUCUUCCUGGAUGAGCCGACCACUGGCAUGGACCCUAAGGCCCGCAGGUUUCUCUGGAAUUUAAUUCUUGACAUAAUCAAGACUGGACGCUCCGUUGUGCUCACAUCACAUAGUAUGGAGGAGUGUGAGGCUCUGUGCACUCGAUUGGGAAUUAUGGUAAAUGGCAGGUUUAAAUGCCUGGGCAGCAUCCAGCAUCUAAAGAACAGGUUUGGGGAUGGCUACAUGAUAACUGUGAGGACUAAAAGCAGCAGCAAUGUAAAGGAGGUGGUACGAUUCUUCAACAGAAACUUCCCUGAAGCCGUUCUCAAGGAGCGUCAUCACACCAAGGUCCAGUACCAGCUGAAAUCGGAGAGGCUCUCCCUCGCUCAGGUCUUCAGUAAGAUGGAGCAGGUGGUGGAGGUCCUGGGUAUUGAGGACUACUCUGUCAGUCAGACCACUCUGGACAAUGUGUUUGUCAACUUUGCCAAGAAGCAGAGCGACAACCUCGAGCAGCAGGAGGUUUUACUUCCUGGUGGUGGCCAGUCCCCCUUGCAGCGCAUCUUCAGCUUCUUAAAAGUUAGACCUGCCAACACAGAGCUUAAUGCUAUGAUCAGUGAGGCACCAGAGGAGCUGGAGAGUGAUGAUGAUGAAGGACUCAUCAGCUUUGAAGAGGAAAGGGUCCAGCUCUCCUUCAACACGGACACCCUCUGUUAAGACGUGAAACCAUAGGAGCAGGAAGAUGGUGAGAGAGACUGAACUGAUCCCACUUUGUCGGACCUCUGAGGCUUAUAGAGUGAGCAGAGGUGCAGAGUGAUCCCUAAGCAGAACUGGGGAUCGCACAGUGAACAGCGGACAGUUUCAACCCGAAGCUCUGCAGGUGACUGGGUGGGACAGUGGUGGCUGCAGGCAGAGAUGCAGCAGUGGGAUACAGCGUUGUUCCAUCCAGUUUACCUGAGAACGUAUGAGUAGCUGACAUGCAGCUAGCCCUGAAUUGAUGUCAGGGACUGGGUGUUUGGUUCCGCAGCUUUGACUUGAUGAACAGUGUAACCAGAGUGCACCCUUGCACCAAACUUGGCCUGCCCUGAAAGCAUGCAGUCAUGAUGGGAAUGUAAUAGUCUAUUUUUUAUGCGGCGGAAGAAUGGUUUAUUUUAGAUAUUGUGACAAUAGAGGAUUUAGUAAAGUACAUGUUGAGAUGACCAGAAGGAAGCUGCUUCUUGAUGUCAGUCACCCAGAGGCCACAGCCUGAUUAUUGUCCUGAUGGUGAUCCCCUUUUCUGAACUUGCCUCAAUGUCGUGUUCUCUGUUAAACAGAUGUUUUUCUUUCGGGUUCUAAACAUAUUUUUUUUGUUGACUAGAGGUUCCUUUCUGUAAAGAUGACAGUGUGUAUAAUAAGUACAACAUUUACUGCAUCUGCUAUGAGGUGGAUGAGCUUUAGCAGGCUGAACCUGGAGAGACAAAGACUGCGCUACCAUUACUGUGACACUAAAACCAACCCUCGGUCCAGAGUAUUUACUAAUGGAACAAAGUUAAACUUCAUGUUUAUUCUUUUCAAGAUGAUCCUAUAAUGUUUUUUUAUGUAAAUGUAAAAAAAUAUGUGUUUAAUUAUUUGUUGGCAUGUGGACUUCAACAGUUUUUCUUACUAGUUUUGUUAAACCACAGUUGUGAUUCCUUGUUUGGAAUUGUUAUUUCAUUUGUUCCUUCAUAACUAAUUCCACUCUUGAUUGUAGUUAUUAUUUAAAUAAUGGUAUUUUUUUUACCUGACAAGAUCAUUCAACUAGAAAGCCUUUUUAUUUUGAGUCUGAAAGUCUAUAUCAGCCAGGGGGCAUUAUCAGCUUGGAUUAAUUUUAUUGUAAAAUACAAUGAAAAUGGCCACAUCUGAGUCUGGUGUACACAAUUCACAUCUUUCUGAUCAUCUGUCUCUGUAGUUGCAGCUCUGAACUUUUCCAUAAUAAAUUAUUGGGAAACAAAUCAGGGAUCAGUUAAGUUCCUGAUUACUUUGACCAUGAAUGUAUAAAUAUAACAAUUAUCCGUUUUCCCAAUCAUCAGCCUAAAUACAGAAGCUGUGUGUAAGUCCUUCAUCACUGCUUCCAUGAAAACCAAUCAGUGUAAGGUACUACAUAGAAGGAGGUGUUUUGACUGAAAACAAGGAGCUGCAAUUGGCCUAGUCAAAGUUCUGACCUUAAUGUUGUUGAAAUUUGCUGGUGAGAUUCAUAGAGAGAUUACAUUACUACAGAAAAACCUCAAUAAAAUGAAAGAGUGGGGGCUUCAGACGGUCGCACACCGCUUCUGCAUUUUGGUUUAGUUUUUCUUAACUCAUCAAAGCAUUUUAACUAAAAUCAUCACGAGCUGAAAAGAAGCCAAAAUACUUUGAUUGUAAGGUCCACUGAUCGGUUUAAUUCAUGGACCAGAUGAUUUUCUAUUUCGUCCUAAUAAGAUGUUAAGAUAUUAAUCAUUAAUUUCCAAUUAGGACUAUAAAUCAGCAAAUACUUAUUUCUGACUAACAGGGCAGUAAUUCAUGUCACCAGCAGCAGAUUUAAGCAAACCUUUAAAAAGAUUGUUUGAAGUCUGACACUUUGAAAUUGAAUUGUGAAGAAUCUGGUCAUCUGCAUUAUGUGUUCCAUGGCUGCACUUUAACUUGAUAAUGAAGCUGAGAUAAGGUCGCUUACACACUGCUAGUUAAUGCAGAAACCUUUUUUUUUUUUGUCGGGUUUUUGCUGUCAAGAAUAAUGUUCAGUCUUCUGCGAUAAUUUGAAAGAAAUCUUUGUUCUCAGAAAUGUUGCUUGUCUUUCAUUUGGGGCUCUUGAUUGUCAUAUCAGCACAUUUAAACAUAACUUUCCAUGUAGAGACUACUCAGAUGAUCCUAAUAAAGUAUUCUGUCAGUGUAAAUUCACACUGAAAGGGAA